CUGCGCGGUACGUCUGAGCGCGUCCAACGCAGACUGGCGUAAAGUUGGGCUGCACUGCUACAGGGUGUCGCACGUCUAGGCACGAACUUACCGCUGAAUGGCACUCCCCGCAGACUCAGGUCACUUCGCUCGAGCCAGGCCAGGAUCGUCGUUACAUCGGUCACUGCGAUCGCACCUUGCGUUCCAAGGGCCACACCUAGCAAUCUCUGGCCGCUUGCGGCCGACAUCACUGAGACUGCGCAUCAAGACACGGAAGUGUGGGAAACGCAGAGUUGCGGAGACACCUCACUCAAUCAAAGCAGCAGUCCCAAUCUGGACUGCGACCCAGGUAGACGGCGCACUGCGACUGCGCUUAGUCGUGUAUCCCGGUCCACUUCGCUGCGGCCACACCGAGGAUCUCGUUCUUCGUUUGCCUCUCAGCAUGCGAGAAGCAAAGUACACGAGCGACUCGACUGUUUUGUUCAUGGCGCACACCUCUUUGCAUCAGCUCAUCCUUCCACACCAGAUCUCGAACCUCCCAAACAAGUUUUGUCUCUGCUGCGCCUCAAAGUACAUAAUCGUACCGCGCCCGAUCAACGUGCGCGAAUAAUUUCCCCCAUUUCCAAAACGCUCGACGCCCGCUCGGUACCGGUGGCGGAUCACACUUCCAGGUCAGACUCCGAGCCAACUUCGA